AUGUCUGUGGAUAUAUUAGAUAGAGGUGAUGAGAUACAAGGCUUGGUGCAUGAUGCUUUUGGAGUUCUUCCUACUAGUGACUUUAUUAAUAUGGACACUCGUGAUGAUAUUUUUGGUGGGUCAAAUCAACAUAAUGUGGGAUUUGAUAAGAAAACUGAAAAGUUUUUUAACUUAUUGAAAGAAGCUGAGCGUGAAUUAUAUCCUGGAAGCAAAUAUUCACUUCUUUCUUUUCUUGUUCGUCUAUUACAUUUAAAGUGUCUCAAUGGGUGGAGUAACAAUUCAUUUUCCAUGUUGUUAGAGUUGUUAAAAGAUGUGUUUCCUGAAGGUGAAAUAUUACCUAAGUCAUUUAAUGAUGCAAAAAGAAUUAUUAAAAAUUUAGGACUCGAAUACAAAAAAAUACAUGCGUGUCUAAAUGAUUGUAUGAUCUAUUGGAGUGAGACAAAAGAUCGAACUGAUUGUAAGUUUUGCAAAGCUCCAAGAUACAAACAAUUUGUAGGUGAAUCUGGUAGUUUGGAAACCUCAAAAAUUCCAGCAAAGGUGUUUAGAUACUUCCCAUUGAUACCGAGGCUUCAAAGAUUAUUCAUGUCAUCUAAAACAUCUACUGAUAUGAGAUGGCAUGCAGAAGGUCACACUAAAGACGGGGUAAUGCGGCAUCCUGCUGAUAGUAUUGCUUGGAGAAAAUUUGAUGAAUUGCAUCAAGAUUUUUCUCAAGAUCCUCAAAAUGUUAGACUUGGAUUGUCUUCAGAUGGAUUUAAUCCAUUCAAGUCUAUGUCUAUCUCACAUAGCACAUGGCCAGUUGUCUUGGUUCCAUAUAACUUGCCACCUUGGUUGUGCAUGAAGCAACCAUACAUGAUAUUAUCAAUGAUUAUUGAUGGCCCUCAUGCACCAGGCAACGAUAUUGAUGUCCAUCUACGACCGUUAAUUGAUGAGUUAAAAGAAUUGUGGGUUGGUGUUGACACUUAUGAUGCGUCAAAGAAUCAUAUGUUUCAAAUGCGUGCUUCAUUGCUUUGGACAGUCAGUGAUUUUCUAGCACUAGGUAACUUAUCAGGAUAUGGUGUGAAAACUAGAUAUGCUUGUCCAUGUUGUCUGACCAAGACUAAAUUUCUGAGAUUGAAAUAUGGGCGAAAAUAUUGCUUCAUGUCGCACAGGCGUUGGUUACCCCAUGGGCACAAGUUUCGAAAAGAUAAAGUUUCGUUUAAUGGUUUUAAGGAGUUAGAGGCAGCAUCUAAAUAUUUGUCAGGUAUUGAAGUUCUUAAGCAAUUGAAAGGUAUUAAAAAUAAAUUCGGAAAACAUCUAUCGGCCAAAUCCAAGAAAAGAAAAUGGAAGAAUUCUGAUGAUGUUGACGAUGCCAUGUUGCAAUAUUUAUGGAAGAAAAAGAGCAUAUUUUUUGAGUUAGACUACUGGAAAGACAAUAUGAUUCGUCAUAAUCUUGACACAAUGCAUAUUGAAAAGAAUAUGUUUGACAAUAUAUUCUGGACAUUACUAAAUGUUGACAGAAAAGGAAAAGACAAUCUGAAUUCUCGUUUGGAUUUACAAGAGAUGAGGAUUCGAAAGGCUUUGCACCCUAAAAAAAGAGCUAAUGGCAAAUACUAUCUACUUCCGGCAUGUUUCACUUUGAGCAAUGUACAAAAAGAUAUGCUCUUACAAGUUUUAAGAGAUGUGCAAGUACCAGAUGGAUAUGCUUCAAUAUCCAUCAAAUUUAUCACAUUGUGUUGA